AUGUCUGGCCGUUCACGGAGGCUUGCAGGAUGCUUGCUGCCGUGGUUGGCUUGCGCAGGAGUCCCUUUGAGCUUCCUGCACUGGCCGGGGCCAGUGCAACGCAACGGCCGUGAGCUGCGCACUGUUAUGGGGGUGCGCGAGAAGUUGGGCAGUUUAUCCCGAAAAACGAUUGCUCCAAAUACGGCUGAUGUUGACGCCCAGGCGAAAGCCCUGACAUCCAAGAUCAAGGGAGCUGGGUCAGUGGACGUGCUGAUCCGCCUUGUCGAUGAGGAGGUGAACAGCCCUGUCUUCAAUUGUAUCCAUGCAGGAGCGGUUUACCACAGCCUGGCACAGUUUAAGCAGAAGAUGGGUUCUCUGCCUGUAGCCUGCGCUGGGAGCCCUGCUCUCCUCAAGUUGAAUGGUCGCUUGAAGGGCUUCAUAAAGGAAAUCAAGAUCGGGCCCCGGCAGUUUGCCAACGUCUUGUGGGCGGCAGCGUAUUUACUUGAUGCAAUCCCUGGGAUGACCCAGUUGUUUCCUGCCAUUGUUGCUGCGUUUCCAGUUUUGGCACGCAGGAUGAACGCUUUUGAUGUGUCCAACUGCAUGUGGGCAUCAGCUCAGUUAAAGGAUGAGUUGCCGGAUGAUGUUGUGAAGAUCAUCUCACCACUUGCUGCCAAGAUUCCGUAUGUGGCCGAUGACUUGACACCCCAAGAACUGUCCAACUGCUUGUGGGCAACUGCGCAGUUGAAAGACGUGGCACUUGAUGAUGUGGUCAAGAGCAUGCCUGCGCUAGCCGCCAAAAUCCCAGGCAAAGCUGAUAGUAUGAAACCGCAAGAGUUGGCCAACUGCUUUUGGCAGCGGCGCAAUUGAAGGAAGUGGCGCCUGAUGAUGUGGUCGAGAUUGCGCCGGCGCUUGCUGGCAGAAUCCCAGGCAAAGCUGAUGGCAUGAAGCCGCAAGAGUUGGCCAACUGCUUGUGGGCAGCGGCAAAAUUGGAGGAUAUGGCGCCGCAGGCAAUCUUUGAGCUCGUCCCAGCAGCUGCGUCAACAUUCACCGAAUUGCUUCCCAAGUUGAGAGGAAGCGACCUGCGUUUGGCUGUGCCCACAGUCGUUUGGGCUUGCGGAAGGUCAGACCUGCCCUUCCAACCCCUGUUGAAGGCUGUGGCUAGACGCUUUGGAUCGACAACUGUCGACAACCACGCUUUCAUCUCUCAAUGACUGGGGCCUUUGCGCUUUGACCUGGUCCUACCGGACGCUGGACCCGACCAUGCAAUUUCGAGACUUUCAGAAGGCCCUGAGAGCGGAAGUUGCGAAGAGGGGGCUGUCCGGAUCGGAUGUGGAGCGUAGCAAGGAGGGUUACCUUGAAUGGCCUGGACAGGCCCAAAAGCAGGCUGGCUAAACACUGGGAGCAGGCCUGGCAAUGGUGGCUUUUUGCGCAAUCCCAUAAGCCUAUGAGGCGGCCUUUGGCGCUUGUCCAGGUCCUCUAGCCUUGGAGAGCCUCGGGGUUCUGGCAUGUUUCAAGGACCCUCCUCGCACCAUCUUGUGCAGAGUGCUGGGUCUUCAAAGUGCACCACCUGGAUCCGAGUGCAGGAGCCCUUGUUGCUGCCGGUGCCCUAAAACGAGGGCGAGCGCAUCGUUUUAGAGAAGACCUAACAAUAGAUCAGAGACGUAUGGAGGGAACUGAGCACCUCUUACAUAUACUGGUAGCACAUCUUUGGGAAGGGGCACGCGGGCCGCUCACGCUCGAUCCAUUGAGAUCCUCACGAUGGUGGGUGGAGGGGGUG